AUGACACAAGACUUGGCGUUGGCGGCAAAGAUGAACCAGAGUCUAGCGGAAGCACAAGACCAACAACUUCCUUGCCCUCCAAGCCUAUCACCUGCUCCGCUGGUCACCGGUGAUGAUGCUAUCGGUCCCGAUCCUAUUCCCACGCCACCAACCUCUUCUUCUUGCGCCAAUCCCAUUGCCAUAUUGAACAACAACAAGAAGAAGCUCAUAAUUGGUCUUAUUGUGUAUGUCAUAAUUGGCAUUGUCACAUUCUGCACAACAAAUUUCGAGCUCGAAAAAACCUACAAGCUUGUGGAUGCUCUGUACUACAUUGUGGUCACGCUCUGCACCAUUGGAUAUGGCGACAUUGUUCCGAGUACCACGCUUGCCAAGUACCUCACCUGUUUCUUCAUCUUGCUCGGUUUCGGGUUCUUCGACAUUCUGCUAAAUGGGUUGGUGGCGUACAUCUGUGACAAAGAAUCAGUCUUGUUGAGGUCCUCGGAUGGGAAGUUCAAGAACAUGUUCCAGACGUAUAUGGUGGAUAAAGAGAAAGGAAGAAGCAAGAUUGGGUUGGCAUUGGGAAUUGUUAUUGUUUGUAUUGGUAUAGGGACAUUCGCAGUGCAUUUUCUGGAGGGCAUGAGCUGGCCUGAUAGCAUUUACCUCUCUGUUACAUCAGUCACACGACUCUAG